AUGGCGCGCUUUCCCAGGUUCAGGUUUCUGGCCUUGGCCGUCAUCUUCCACCUGAUAUACAUAUACUCCAUAUUUGACAUCUAUUUUGUCAGCCCCGUCGUUUCCGGCAUGCGCUUGUUCGAGGUCGAGCGCCCAGUCCCCAGCAAGGCGCCCGCGGAUAGAUUGGUCCUCUUUGUUGGUGACGGUCUGCGUGCCGACAAAGCCUUGCAGUCGCAUCCCGAGCCCUACCCCGAGUCCGACGCAGACCUUGAGCCGCGGCCCUUGGCGCCCUUCUUGAGAUCGCGCAUCCUGGAGCAUGGAACCUUCGGUGUCUCCCACACGCGCGUGCCCACCGAGUCGAGACCUGGACACGUGGCGCUCAUUGCCGGCUUGUACGAGGAUGUCUCUGCUGUGACCACAGGUUGGAAGUUGAACCCGGUCGACUUUGAUAGUGUCUUCAAUCGCAGUCAACACACCUGGAGCUGGGGCAGCCCGGAUAUUCUGCCCAUGUUCGAGCAUGGUGCCGUCCCGGGGCGGGUCGAUGCGUACACGUACGGGGCCGAGGCCGAGGAUUUCUCUCAGGACGCAGUCCACCUGGACCUGUGGGUUUUUGACCGCGUCAAGGAAUUGUUUGAAGAGGCAGCCCAGAACAAGACACUAAGGGCAGCUCUGAAGGAAGACAAAAUCGUCUUCUUUCUACACCUGCUCGGGCUGGACACCACGGGUCACUCCCACCGACCAUAUUCGAAGGAGUACCUGCACAACAUUAAGGUCGUUGACCAGGGAGUCAAGGAAAUUACAGAGGUGAUUGAUAGGUUUUACAACGACGACAGGACUGCAUAUGUGUUCACUGCGGAUCACGGUAUGAGUGACUGGGGCAGUCAUGGAGACGGUCAUCCGGAUAAUACACGGACCCCCCUGAUCGCAUGGGGCUCAGGAGUUGCAAAGCCAGAGAUUCACCCUGGAACCAUUGCGCCAGGCCAUGAUGAUUACUCCUCCGAUUGGGGCCUCGAUGAGGUUAGAAGGCACGACGUUUCCCAGGCGGACGUUGCUGCGCUGAUGGCAUAUCUCUCCGGUGUCGCGUAUCCUGCGAACUCGGUCGGAGAGCUACCCCUGCCAUAUCUUGCCGCAGACAUCAGUGAGAAGGCUGAGUCACUCCUGGUCAACGCGCAGGGCAUCCUCGAGAUGUACAGGGUCAAGGAGGAAAGUAAGAAAGCGUCCGAGCUAAGGUAUCAGCCUUACCGGCCCCUGAGCGAGCUUGAACACACCUCCGAGGAACGCGUUGCUGCGAUCCGCAAUCUCAUCAAAGACGGAAAAUACGAGGAAGCCAUUGAGGAAACAGAGACCCUGAUCCAGCUUGGGCUUCAGGGUCUGAGAUAUCUCCAGACUUACGAUUGGCUCUUCUUGCGAGCCCUCAUCACCAUUGGUUACAUUGGAUGGAUGGUGUACGCUCUUGCCACUGUUGUCAACCUACACGUCCUACAAGGAACAGUCGAGCCGUCGAGAGAUUCAAUAUCGACGGCAGUCUCCUCCGCGGUAUAUGUGCUGAUGGCUGCGUCUUUUAUCGCUUCCAAGUCGCCGGUCACCUACUACGCGUAUGCCUUCUUCCCAGUUUUCUUCUGGGAAGAGGCAUAUGCCCGCCGCGAAAGUCUCAUUCGAGGAGCCAAGAUUGUCUUUGGCAACACACGUCCAGUCUCUCUCUUGUUCGGCAGUGCGGCUUAUGUGGGAAUCAUCAUCUCAUUGGCUGUGGGCUACAUACACCGCGAGGUCUUGACCGUGCUGUUCGUCGUGGCAGCUUUCUGGCCCCUUGCCUCGGGUGUCUCGUUUGUGAGGAGUCGUCUCCCUCUUUCGCUGAUCUGGGCCGCGUCGUGCCUGUCCAUGGGCAGCUUCACACUCCUGCCUCCUGCCAUGAAAGAGGAAAAUCUCAACACCAUUGUACUAGGCGGAGCGCUCAUGGUUGCAAUCGGUAUACUAUACCUUGUAUUCGAAGAGAAGAUCCUGUCCGACUUCACAACAACAGUGUCGAAAACAAAGUCAGCCAGGAAAGAAAUAUCGCGGACUCUUGUUGGUAUCCAAGUGGGCUUGGUUGCCCUAGCUGUCGUUGUCACCCGAUCGAGCGUGGUCUCUCUGCAGGCAAAGCAAGGACUGCCUCGUGGUAACCAGGUUGUCGGAUGGCUUGUUUUAAUCAUCUCGCUCCUCAUGCCUUUGGCAUAUCGAUUAGAGUCCAACAACAAUUACUUGCACCGGCUUGUCGUCAUUUUCCUCACCUGCGCCCCGACUUUUGUCAUCUUCACCAUCUCCUACGAGGGGCUGUUUUAUGUCUCGUUCUGGGUCACACUUGUGGCCUGGGUGAGGUUGGAGUAUGAAGUUUACACCAAUUCGACUUCCCAGGUCGACGUGGUCGUCGAAAGCAAAUCGGGCGAUGAAUCGACGGAGACAAAGCAGGUCCCCGAUAGACUACCUAAUCCCUACCGUCCACUGUCACUGGCUGACGCCCGCGUGGCCUUAUUCUUCUUCGUCUUCCUGCAAUCCGCCUUCUUCUCCACCGGUAAUGUCGCCUCGGUAUCCUCGUUCAGCCUCGAGAGUGUUUGUCGGCUCAUCCCAAUCUUCGAUCCUUUUUCACAAGGUGUACUGCUGAUCCUGAAACUCAUGAUACCCUUUGCGUUGGUGUCGGCCAACCUCGGCAUACUGAACAAGAGGAUAGGAGUGGCGCCCUCGGCACUGUUCAUGGUGGUGAUGGCCAUCAGCGAUAUCUUGACCCUGUACUUCUUCUGGGUUGUCAAGGACGAGGGCUCAUGGUUGGAAAUUGGAAGCACGAUAUCCCAUUUCGUCAUUGCGAGUCUGCUGAGCGUGUUUGUAGCGGCAUUGGAGGGCGUAUCGGCUUGGUUCAUCAGCGGUGUUGAGAUGGACGUCCUCGGAGUAUCGGGGAACAAAGCCAUGAAUGGGACAUUGGUGAAUAAAACCAAGGCCAAUGGGACGGAGACCGGCGCGGGAGGUGGAACGGGAACGAAAGCGGCGACAGGGGUUAAGGGGAAGUCAUGA